ACGAUAUCAACGUUGUAUCCAUUCGUUUGCCCACCGCCGAAACGUACAGACGUCUGUGAAAUUUUUAUACGCUGAAGCGAUUUACUUAAAACGGCGCAACGAUUUGUAAGAUUGUUUUUUUUUGUUUUUUUUUUUUGAAUUGGCGGCCUGUUAAAUAAGAUAAGACAAGGAGGAAAAUAGUGCAAAAAAAUUUUGAACGAAAAAGUUGUUCAACUGUAUCGACGUGAAUUGGCGAUAUUAGUUCAGCUGCUCAUGCCGAAGUUGAAUUAAAAGAAGCGAAAAAAAAAUUAACCGACAGUGUCAACACGGAUACUAGCAAAUAUCGCAUAAAUCGACGAUUUAAAAAUCCAUUUAACGAAAUGCUGAACGUUUAUACUAAAUGUUUGGUGCUCUUACUGCUUCCAUUUAGUUUUGCUGUGUCGGUCAGCGCACAAGCGCCGCAAAGUAUUGAUGCAAAUAAGAUCGAUGUUACCAUUUUGUAUGAAUCGCUCUGUCCGGACAGCAUUAAUUUUAUGACCAAGCAGUUAGCGCCCGCCUACGAUAAACUCAAAGCUAACUUGAACAUAAACCUGGUGCCGUUUGGAAAAUCACGUUCCGUCAAUUAUGGCAGCGAAUUCUAUUGUCAACAUGGACCGGCAGAAUGCUCUGGAAACCGUUUGCAAUCUUGCGUUUUAAAUCAGCAAAGCACACAGGAUCAGCGCGUUCGAUUUGCCAUUUGUCAGAUGGCCACAAGAGAUAAGCAAAGUGUGGAGGAAUGCGCCAAUUUGGUUGAUCUAAGCAGCGAUGUUGGCGAUUGCGUCAACACAAAAUUGGGUACACAGCUACAGCUGUUGGCAGAGCAGGUGACCAAUCAGUAUGCUCCCAAAUUUGUGCCGACAAUUGUUUACAAUGGUGAAUUCAAUCAAUUACUUCAGGAUGCAUCAUUUUACGAUUUCCACGCCACCGUCUGUAAGCUGUUGCAGAAGCGAGGCAUUGCCAAUGAGUCUUGUCAGUAAGUGAAGUCAUCAGUGUGCGCCGAAAUAUCACUAAGCAUGGCGUAUACUAUACAUACUUACAUACAUAUGUAUGUAUGUAGUUGCAAGGCGCUUAGAAAUUUGUAUUAUUGGAUUAAAUACACUGUGCGACAAGUUUAUGAUAAUUCAAACCAGCCCGGACCUUGCUAAUAUUUUCUGAAAGUAUACAUAUCCAGUAAUAAAAAAACUCGAUGGAUUUGCAAAAGUUAGCGCGUAUUUUUAUUUUAUGGCCUACUGAAGUUUCCAUGUCCCGGCCUAGGUAGUUUUCAAAAAAGUGGGAAAAAUGUUGAAAAUAAAUGCCUGAGCGAAAUUAAGACACAGUAAAAUUUCAUGGGAAAUAUUUUCGUAGAACAUUUUAACCCAU